CGUGCGUCGAACGCGCCACAAGCCGUCAAGUCCACCUGAAUUUUGCCUUACCACUUGACCAAAGCACACAAGAAAACGGAGGAUUCACACACCCGCAGGCAGCACCCAUUGCCAUUGCCAAGAACAGAGCGCCGGCGUUCCUUGGCGCGCCAUGCUUCUCCACCCUCACCACCUGGUUACUCUGCUCCUGCUCCUCGUGGCUGCAGCGAGCGGCGACGGCGUGCAGUUCACCUAUAACGGCUUCGCGGGCGUGAACCUGACGCUCGACGGCGCGCUCGUCAUGCCCAACGGCCUGCUCAUGCUCACCAACGGCACCAUCCAGACGAAAGGCCAGGCCUUCCACCCGUCCCCCCUGCCGUUCCGCGGCGACGGCGAGGCGAACGGCACCGGCGCCGGCGCCGCGCGGUCCUUCUCCACCACUUUCGUCUUCGCCAUCUUCGGGCAGUACGCGGACCUGAGCAGCCACGGCAUGGCCUUCUUCGUCUCCGCGUCCAGGGAGCUGCUCUCCACGGCAAUGCCAGGCCAGUUCCUGGGCCUCCUAAACGACACCGACGGCGGCAACCGGAGCGACCACAUCUUCGCCGUGGAGCUCGACACGCUCUUCAACGCCGAGUUCCGUGACAUCAACAGCAACCACGUCGGCGUCGACGUCGAUAGCCUGGUUUCGCUCCGUUCCGCUGACGCCGGGUACUACGACGACGGCACCGGGAUGUUCCGGAAUCUGAGCCUGAUCAGCCGGAAGGCCAUGCAAGUGUGGGUCGACUACGACGGCGGGGCCACGGAGGUCGCCGUGACCGUGGCUCCCCUGGGCGUGGCCAGGCCCAAGAGACCCCUCCUCAAGACCACCGUCGACCUCUCGGGCGUGGUGCAGAGCACGAUGUUGGUCGGAUUCUCGUCGGCGACAGGUGUCCUCGCCACACGCCACUUCGUCCUGGGCUGGAGCUUCGCGCUGGACGUGCCAGCCCCGGCACUGGACAUCUCGGCGCUGCCGGCCUUGCCACGGGCCUGGCCAAAGCCACGGUCCAGGGUGCUGGUGAUCGUGCUGCCCAUAGCGUUGGCAGCUCUGGUACUCGUUCUGGGCAUCGGAGUGUACAUCUUUGUACGACGGCGUCUCAAGUUCUCGGAGCUGCGCGAGGACUGGGAGGACGCCUUCGCCCCCCACCGAUUCUCAUACAAAGAAUUGUAUCACGCGACCAAGGGGUUCAGCGACAAGAACCUGCUCGGGGCGGGAGGCUUCGGAAGUGUGUACAGGGGCAAGCUCCGCAAGCCGGGCAUGGAGGUCGCCGUAAAGAGGGUGUCUCAUGAGUCAAGGCAGGGGAUGAAGGAGUUCGUCGCCGAGGUCGCAAGCAUCGGACGGCUACGGCACCGGAACCUCGUGCCAUUGCUUGGUUAUUGCCGGCGCAAAGGGGAACUUCUCCUGGUUUACGAUUACAUGCCAAACGGAAGCCUUGACAAAUACUUGUAUGAUGGAUCGUCAACAGGUACACUGGAUUGGCCUCAAAGAUUUCACAUAAUCAGAGGCGUGGCUUCUGGGUUGUUGUAUCUCCAUGAGGAUUGGGAGCAAGUUGUCAUCCACCGAGAUGUGAAGGCAAGCAAUAUUCUUCUGGACGGCGAGAUGAAUGGGCGGUUAGGGGAUUUCGGGCUUGCAAGGCUGUACGAUCAUGGGACGGACGCCCAUACAACACAUGUGGUUGGUACCAUGGGCUACCUAGCUCCUGAGCUCGGACACACCGGCAAGGCAACCCCGUCGACCGAUGUGUUCGCCUUCGGUGCAUUCCUUCUGGAAAUCACGUGUGGGCGGAGACCAAUCGAGCAAAACGAGCACGACAACCGCAUCGUGCUCGUCGAUUGGGUGAUCGAGCAAUGGCGCAAGGGUUUGAUCAUUGGCGUAGUGGAUACGAGGAUUCCAAGUGGGUUUAGUCAGGAUAUGGUCUCACUGGUGCUGAAACUUGCGUUGUUAUGCUCGCACCCAUUGCCAAAUGGAAGGCCAACCAUGCGGCAGGUCAUGCAGUACCUCGACGGCGACAUGGUCCUCCCGGACUUGUCGUCGGCGUACCUCAGUUUCACCAUGCUGGAGCGGAUGUAUGAUGGGGACUUCAACCAGAAAAUGUUACCAUACGCAUCGUCGACGAGCAUGGGUGCAGUUUCUGAUAUCUGUGGAGGAAGGUGGCAAUGUUCUUGCGGUAAGUAGGAUUGUGUAACUAACUAUUAACUGACCAGUGGCUCCUAUACACACAUCUAUGUUGUACUCCUGAAAUGUAUGACCUGAUGGUUUACCUAAUUCAUGGUUGAACUGCCUAUAAACAGAACAAUGCAAUCAAA